GUGUGCACAGUCGAGAUGUAUGGCCAAACCAUUCCUAGAUGGUUGACGUUCCUCACAAAAUACAUCACCCCGGGGCUGCUGAUGACUAUACUCGUGUACGCCUUCUACGUGUACCGCCCUCCAAAAUAUGGCGACUAUUUCUAUCCGGAAUGGGCAACUGUGCUUGGCUGGCUUAUAUCGGUAGCCAUUGUUCUGCCGACGCCAUGUUGGAUGGUGUACUCGGUUUUUAAGUCGGAUGGAACAUCAUUCAAGCAGAAACUGACUAGAGCAUUCAUCCCACAAGAGAACAACGAAGAGGUACAAAUGGACGCCGCAGAGCAAGAAAGCCUCACUCAUGCUAUAAAGACAAUGCAGAUGUAACAAACAUGUCUUACGACAUUUUUACGGACGUUUUGUGAACCCGCAACAUGCAAAGCCUCAGUAAAGAUUUCACAAUCUAAUAUGGUCGAUAUGUGGAGGGAGAUUGUGUUCCGAUGGACACUUGACUUGUCUUUACAUGUGUUUGUGCAGUGCUCUCAGUGAACAGCGCGAAGCUUUUCCCUGUUACUUUACCAUCAGUAUUUCAUAGUUUCCUUAAGAUUUUUUCUGCCAUUGUCUGAAUUGUUUAAUGACCUCACGUUUAGAAAAUAUUUCUUGUUAAUAUUUACCUGAUUUGUGUGGAGUUUGGAAAGGCUUUUUGUGGAUUUUGGAAAGGGCUUGGGUGGAUUUUGGAAAGGAAGAUGAAAGUAUUGGAUUCUGGUUCAGAACAGAAACAAUAACGAACUUCAAGAGAACGAACUGUUGAAAUAAAGCUUUUACAGUGUGUGCUGAUACUGAUAAAGUAUCAUGUACGAGGCCUUAAUACUGCUGAGAUCAUAAAGCUGUCAUAUUCUUGACACGAUGAAACUUGAAUAUUCUUGACAUGAUAAAGCUAUGCUAUGUUUCACAUGCCUGGGUCAUCAUGCUGGACCAUCCAAUCCUUGCUGUUCGCAAUGACCAUGAUACUUUCCGCAGAGCAUCUAAAGAAAUCCAUGAUGGAUCUUUAUCAACAUCAUCCUUGACUGCAUCGUAAACAAAGGCAGGCACACUGUUGCCUGUUUGAUAGAAAAACAUGAAUAGCAAUAUGUCAAACCCAGACAUCUCCUGAGGUAGUUGAACACCCUGGAAAAGGGGUUUGUCCUUUGUCCCAGGAGUUACUGCGGCAAUGAUUCCUAUGCCACGGAUGAUUUUGAAUCCA